AUGGCCGCGUCCAUCGUUCUUCCUGGUGAGCAAGUCCCGGCCCAGCAUGUCAACCUCAAGCUUGGUCCUGGCCUUCUUCAAUUAUCGAGCGAGACACAACAACAAGCGAAGUCAGCUCCUGUUAUUGCUACUCGCUCAGGCGUCCUUAACCACUCAGCUAACAAGAGCAAAUGGUGGGUAGAGGGCAAUUCAAGAAGAUACGUGCCGGCGCCCCAGGAGAGUGUGAUUGGCGUGAUCACUGGACGGAGUGGUGAGGGCUGGCGCGUCGAUAUUGGAUCUGCGCAUCCUGCUUCACUGGAUGGCUUGGCGUUUGAAGGGGCAACCAAAAGAAACAAGCCGAGUCUAAAGGUCGGUUCCCUCAUUUAUGCUCGCGUUUCCUUGGCCCAUAAAGAUAUGGAGCCCGAACUCGAGUGUUUCGACGCCCAAACUCACAAGGCUGAUGGGUUUGGUGAGCUAAAGGAUGGCUUUGUGCUUCAGUGCAGUUUGCAAAUGAGCCGACUAUUACUUGACCCUAAACAUUUUCUCCUGCCACUGCUUGGAUCGCGUUUCCCUCUGGAGGCGGCAGUCGGAAUGAAUGGAAAAGUAUGGGUCAGUACGAAGGAGAUAAAACAUACGAUUGCCAUCGUGCGAUGUAUUGAGGCGGUCGAUCCAGACGGCGGCGGAAUAGACGAAACUAAUGUGAAGAAGUUCCUUAGCAAAUUGGAUAUAUAA